UUGACGCCUGGCCGACAGUCUUACAAGCGUUGCGCACGGAACUACAGGUCGUUUACGCGAGACGACCGCGGACGGCAAUCGCGGUCAAACACUAAUUUACCCGUGUAAUUAAUGUUUAACAACGAAAACGACAUUUCGACGCCCGUCGAUUAUUAACUUAUUCUUUAACCACUGAACAAAUACAACAUUUUCGAGUAAAGAAAAAAAAAUAAUAAAUUUUUACCAACGCUGUUCGAAUUAUACCGGAAAACCGUCUCGCACAUGGCCAUACUGACUUGAGUGUGAUGAUGAUAAAACUGAGGUUUCUGCAACUAUUAUAUUAACUCGUUGCCCAACGCCGAAAGUGCAACACCAACAGCAAUAACAACAUAUAAGUGCGAAAGUUUUUGUUUUUGUUAUCCACACCGAGAUCACAAACACACACACACACUGACACCUAACUACCGUUUCGUCGAUACACUUCGAGAUCUGAUGUUUAACAAUAAAGAUAAUGCAAAAUAAUAAUAAUAAAUAAACGUACUACUGUACAACAACAUAAAUCAUCCGAUACGUCGUUAUUAUCAUCACACGGUCGAUGUCACCUUUGGCGAUAAUUGGCGGGAGCUAAUUUUUUUCCCUCGUUUGUGUAUGUUAAUUUUUUUUUUUACAUUUUGAAUUUUAAUCCGUUCGAAAUAUUAUAUUCUUGAACUUGACGUCUCGUUUAAAGUAUGGCAACGGUCAUGUCGGAGACUAACGGUUGGUCAUUGGGACCAUUGGGCGAUAGCGUUGCUCCCACAAAACCGUAACCAUAGUCCGUAGAAAGUCAACUGUGGACGUUUUAUGGAAUUUAAGUUUGUUGUUCGAUUAUGAUAUGUGAACACCAUGGCUCAUGCAGCACUACAUCCGUCAGACGGAGCAAGUAAUCACACUUUGGUCAACCGUUUGGUGCGUGUUGGUUACUAUGAGCUAGAAAAGACCAUCGGUAAAGGAAAUUUUGCCGUUGUCAAGUUGGCCAAACAUGUCGUCACUAAUUCUAAGGUCGCUAUUAAAAUCAUUGACAAAUCCCAGUUAAAUGAAGAUAAUUUGAAAAAAAUAUUUAGAGAAAUCCAAAUCAUGUCUCAACUCAGUCAUCCUCAUAUAGUUAGAUUAUACCAGGUGAUGGAAACCGAGAAAAUGAUUUACUUAGUAACAGAAUAUGCAGCUGGAGGAGAAAUUUUUGACUAUUUGGUAAAAAAUGGGAGAAUGAAUGAACCAGCUGCUUGUCAUAUAUUUAAACAAAUUGUGGAAGCUGUUGCUUAUUGUCAUAAUAAAAAUAUAGUUCAUAGAGAUUUAAAAGCUGAAAACCUACUUUUAGACAUUGAUAAUAAUAUUAAACUUGCAGAUUUUGGAUUUAGUAACCAUUUUUUCGAAGGUAAGUUACUUUCUACCUGGUGUGGUUCACCUCCUUAUGCAGCACCUGAGUUAUUUCAAGGUCAAGAAUAUGAUGGGCCAAAAGCAGACAUCUGGAGCUUAGGUGUUGUGCUAUAUGUACUGGUUUGUGGUUCUCUCCCAUUUGAUGGAAAUACUCUAAAAGUACUUCGAGCAAAUGUUCUUUCUGGAAUGUUUCGUGUGCCAUAUUUUAUGUCAGCAACGUGUGAACAUUUAAUUCGUCAUAUGUUAGUUAUUGAACCUGAAAAGAGGUUAAGUCUGAACCAAAUUGUGUCUCAUAAGUGGAUGAAACAGCUUACCGAACCGACAACUGAACGAUUACAAGUAGAUGUAAGUCCAAUGAUGAAUACUGCCAUUAUUGAAUUGAUGCUACAGUUACCCGGCUUAGAUAAAGAUAUGAUAGUCAAUUCUGUGCAGCAAAAAAAAUUUGACCAUGUUAGUGCAAUUUAUCAUUUACUUGUUGAUAAACUGGGUUCAACAUUCACAAAUCAAUGUAGUAGUAAUAAUCAAUUAUUUGCUAAUGUAACAGAAGAAAGUGAUGCUUCUGUUAAUAUAAACUCAAAUGUAAUCGAAAACUUACCAUUAUAUUCGAUGUCGCUCUAUGCACAAGAUGGAUCAAUUAAUGACAGCGAACAAUUAGAAAAGUAUGGAGACGUAGACAUCAGCGAUACGACUAGUUCAAGUAUAACUCAGGAUAAUUCUAACCACCCGAUGACUACUCGUCGCCACACUGUUGGUCCAGGAAAUGGUUUAAUAACACAGAUAAUGGAAUCAAAUUACAUAACAAACCUUCAGACUGGAUGCAAUGUUAAUGUGUUACCAAACACCAAUUUACCAAUGAAUAUUCCAUUAGUUGAAUUCCAGUCUCCUAAAAACUUUACAAUUAAAGAUCAACAUUUAUUAAAACCUCCACCAGUUAUGGGAGCAAACAACAACUUUGGCAGACGAGCAUCUGAUGGCGGUGCAAAUUUACAAAUGGCUCAAAAUAUUAAUUGUACUUUCAGUGAACCGAAUAGUAAAGAAGAUUUGAAAAAACAGGGAAAAAUUGAUGCAAAUGAUAUUAGAAACGCAAUGAUGGAUCAGUCAAGUAAAAGAAAUUUAAUGUCCGACGAAAAUUCUGCAUCUGUAGCAUCCAGUCGAUUUUCUAAGGUGAUGUGCGGCACAUCUAGGCACGGGAUCGGGGUAAUGGAUGAGGUUCAAGGUCAACAAAACAAUCUGCAAAACACAAGAACAAGGCGAAGUGGUGUGCUUACUGUUAUGGAUAGGCCACCAGUCAUUAGUCCUGAAGUGGUACGGGAAGUAGAAGCACGUAUGAAUCGAGAAUAUAUACCGCCACCGUUACCAGUAGUCAGCACUCAUAGACAUAACCAUCGUGUAUCUCAGGUUUCAGUUUUACCAACAGUACAAGAGCUACAUCGGCACUCAGGACGUGACAGUUUAAAAGACGUUAGUGUUCAUUCGUCUUCAGAGAGGUACAGUCCUGUAAGAAGAACUAGCGAGCCUGUUGUUACAUUUAGUGAACAAAUUCAAGAGCCCAAUAUACGAAACAUACAGCAAGAGCAUAUUCAAUUACAACAGAAGUUAAGUGAAAAUACAUUAGAUACCUGGGAUCAUGCUGAACUACAAAUGCUUCAUACAUAUCAUUUGCAGAGUUUACAAACGUUAUCCGAUCGUCCUUCGUAUUUAAAUCCCAGCACAAACCAUCAGGGUAAUUCGCAUGUUUUAAGCCAACACUUACAAAACUUAAACAUACAUCAAGUGCCCAGAGCAACCACUCCACAAACUCAAGGUUCAAUUACUCAAGGCACUCCCAAUGUACUGACUAGUUAUCAAAUUCCUGUGCCAUUAGAUUUGAGAACAAAUCAAAAAAUUAAUCCCCAACCUACCAUAUUAGUGGAAGAUAAAACUACAGGUAACAACAAACAAAAGCGCAUCUUAAAAUCUGAAAUAUCUUUAACACUUACCAAUGAAGAUGGCAGUAUGAUGGAGGUCGACACAUUACAUACACCUCCUUUGAGACCCGUUUUAAACACAAGCUCGUGUGGAGAGAUUUUAAGGAAACCUUGCACCGAUGAGCAAUCGCUUUAUAACUAUAGAACAGAAAUAGAUUCAAUGACUGAUGACUCAAUGACUGAAGACACAAAUAUAAUGUCAAACAUUGAUACGCCCAUGUAUUUGAAAAGUGCUCCAUUGUUUUCAGAUUAUAUUUUAAAAAGAACAGCAAGUGACGCUUUUGUUGUCGAUUUAUCUGACUUUUAUUCUAAUUUCACAUCCGGCAACAUACUCAAUAUUGUUAAAUAUUUGAUAUCAUCCAAUAUUAGAUCAUGGCCUGUGAUGGACAGACAAAAUGUACUGCAGUUUCCUACAGGUUUGCAAAUAGAGUUGGAAGUAUGUUCUAGUGACACAGGAGCCAAUUCUUAUUUAAAAAUUCAACGGCUUUCUGGAGACACGACUGAAUACUCCAAUAUAUGUCAUCGACUAGUUGAAGACUAUUUACCAUGUAACGAAUAAUAACUCAUUGUUAAUCAUUAUGUUACUUUAAAUUUUAUCAUGGCUGUGCUACUUAUGUGAAUGCAAUUAAUUAAUAUUAGUCAUUAGUUUUAUUAAGGCGCCUUCAAAUUACAAAAAAAAAAUUAACUAUAUUAUAUAAUUAUAUACAAUUAGCACUCGGAUAUGUAUACAUAUAAUAUAUUUACAAAUGUAUGUGAAUUAUAAAUUAUCUAAACUUUUUUAAGUGUUAACUGUUUAAAUACACAACUUUAUUUAUUUUAUUUACCAAACUAUUUCCAUUUAAUUGUUCUGUAGUAUAAUUACUUAUUUUUAAUUAUAACAGAUUAUAAUUCUUACAGUACACAUUUCUUUAAUUAAGAGCAAUGACUUGUACACGCACACUGCUGUAUAAUACAAUUUUUAAUUUUACAUGGAUUGUAUUCAAUCAAACGACUAUUUAAUUUAUUUUAGCUGACAAUUACAACAAUUAUAUUUGAUAUACGCGCAACUUUAUUGUUACAAUAAUUUUUUACAACAUUGUUGACUUGUUUUACCUUAUUAUUAUUAUUAUUAUAUCAUUCUUAUCCUUAUUAUUAAUUAUUAAUGUUAUUAUUACU